UACUGGAUGAGGAGCGUAAGACGUGUAACCUAUAGUAGAUGGCGUUCUGCAGUAUUACCAUCUCCUCCACCACGAGUGGAACAGCCAUCAAGGUGAACUGCGUGGGGUCGUGUGGGGUGUCCAACAAGGUCAACGAGACGUCAUGGAACGUGGAAGAGCAGUACUUCAACGGAACGUUCUCACUGGCCGACAAAGGAACGCUCCAGCCCGGAGAACACACCUUCCCCUUCCAGUUUCUGCUGCCAGCGUCCUCACCAACCUCUUUCGAGGGGCCGUUUGGCAAGGUGAUGCAUCAAGUUAAGGCGGUCAUAGAAACACGGAAACUCUCCAAGGACUACAAAAGCAGUAAACCCUUCUACAUCUUGAGACCCCUGGACCUGAAUGAAAUACCCGACAUAGAGCAACUCAGCUGUGCGUCCGCCACGAAGAAGUUCAACUACAAGCUGGUGAAAUCUGGUCAGCUGCUGCUAAGUGUGACCUCUGACCUGAGGGGUUACGUGGUGGGACAGGCAAUCAAAAUCCACACCGAGGUAGAGAACAAGUCAGGCCGGGAUACGGGAACGAUCAUGGCGUGUCUUAUCCAGAAAGUCGCGUACCGGUCAAAACGUUGCAUCUAUGACCUGCGGACCAUCGCGGAGGUGGAAGGGGCCCCGGUUAAGGCCUGGAAACACGCGGUCUGGGACGAGCAGAUCCUAGUGCCUGCCCUCCCCCAGUCCAUUCUGCAAGGCUGCAACCUCAUCCAAAUAGACUAUUACCUCCAGGUUACCGUUAAAAACCCGGAGCUGUCCGUCACAUUACCAAUCUACGUUGGAAAUAUACCAGUGAGCCAGGCACGCCUGAGCCUAAGACAUUCUAUAUCACAUGCCCCAGCCCCUGUUGUUCCCACCGCGCCCCCUGCUGACAAUGAACAGUGUAGCAGCAGCCAGUCUAUGGACAAUGUCUCUAUACCCACCAAGUGCCACUCGCAGCAGCAGUCAAACGCCCCGUUCUGCUACGCCCCCGAGCUCAAUUUCCUGGACUCACAGGACGCAGAAACGCUGGGCUCUCCCUCCCGCCCUGCUCUCUGCCUGUCUACGGGGGCCACCGUCCCUUACUAUGCCGACGGAGCAGUUGUUCCAGUACCCACGGCCAGCACGCUAAUCUUACCCCCAGAAUACAGCACGUGGGGGUAUCCUUAUGACGCUCCUCCGUCGUACGAACAGAGCUGCAACGAGGCCACAGUCAGCAAUGGCAACUGAAUGCUCCGCCCCCAGCGACUUCGGAUUAAGAACAGUCCGCCAUUAGGCCGGCUGCUCCGUGGACCGUUUUAUUUUCAUGGCGGGAGGUUUUUUUAUUUUAUUUUUUCCUUAUUUUUGCUAUUUUAGGUAACUGGAAAUCCUUACCCGAGCAAUUUUUAAUUUAAUUUCAAGUUUUUAUAAACUGGGGCGGCGCUGCAGCUGGAUCCUAUUUCGGCAGAGACCCCCGGACCUCUUGUACAUUUGUAGAAGACUUUAAGUUAUAGUAUUUUAAGCACCUGUGAUGCCUUAUUAAAACUGAACUUUUAAAAUAUAUGUAAAUAUACAAAUAUAUACAAAUACCAGAUUGCAAGUAUGUGCUACGAAAUGGUUUUAUUUUAUUAUUUCCCUUUGAACUUCUUAAGUGAAUGCUGAUUAAACACUGAGCUGAC